AUGAAUUUCAGGAGCAUGGACGAGUUCUGGGGGUUCUACAUGAGCCAGCACUCGAAGCCGUGGACCAGGCGAUGGCACUUCGUGGGGACUCUGCUGAGCUUGGUCACUUUGCUCUACGCCCUGUGUUUCAACUGGUGGGUUUUGUCUCUGGUGCCGGUAAUCGGCUACGGGUUCGCCUGGUACAGCCAUUUCUUCGUGGAGCGGAACGUGCCGGCGACGUUCGGCCACCCGGUUUGGUCCUUGCUCUGCGAUUACAAGAUGUUCGGCUUGAUGCUCACCGGUGGGAUGGAUAAGGAGAUCAAGCGCCUCGGCAAGCGCCCUGUAUUACAGACCUAUUGA